AUGCGCGCUCUCGAAAAAGCUCUGAUGGGCACCCAUGCCUCCUCCGACUGCUGGGCCACUGUCCACAACGAAACCGUGGCCUGCUUUAGCGGUGCGCCUAUUGCUUUCAGCUUUGAUAUGGACACUGCCGCCGACUGCCAGCACUGGUGUGGCGAGGUUGAGAAGUGCCACUCAUGGCUCUACGUCGCCCAUUCCAGCCAAUGCGACCUUCACCGCAACGCGGCGCUGAGCACUUCGUUCAGCAGCGGCUUCACCUUUGGCGGAUGUGCGCCCACCCUUGCGAAUGCCACCGAGGCUUCUUCUGACAGCUCUGUGAGCACUAGUACUCGCGUGGCAACGGAGCCGACCGGUUCACCGGAGCCGAAGCGCGGAGCGGAUCACCAUAGGCGUCGAGCACAUGGCCGCCACCACCGAUAA